AUGGGACCUACGGAGAGCGACAACCAGGUCGCGGUACCAGUGCUCAAGGACGAAGACGUCGUCGCCGUCGGCUCGAUUUCCAAUGUCCUUCGGCGCGCGUUCCGCGACUACUACACGGACGACUUUGACCAGCGACUCAACAACGCAUGGGCGAUGACACCGGCGCCAAAGACGACCAGUGAAGACCAUACAAUCGAUGCUGACAACAACAACGACCAUGCGACAGAGACACCCGAGGAGCCCGAGCAUCCCUACUUGGUGUACGGCCGACAACGCGUCGCCGAAGUGGAAGCCGACCUUCGGGCCAAGGUCCAGCAAGCCACCGACCUCAUGGCACUGCUCGAGAAUCGCCGCCGCGAAGCCUUGGAGAAGGACGAGGCGCAGGCGCGGGAGCUCGUCAAGCAAGGGCUCGUCGUGAAAGCGCAGAUUCCCAUCGGACCCUCCAACUUUCGCCUCGACGCCGCCGAGCUGGAGCCGUUUGGCGAGUUUGCCCAGUCGCUCAUCCAGGCGCGAAAUCUGCUGGAAGAGAACCAUCUCAAAAUGCUCGAUCGGUCGGGCAACGGCCCCACGGCGCAGAUCAAAGCGGCCAAGGCGGCGAUCGAGACGCCGGGGUACCUCAAGUCGACGUCGACGGUCCAAACACGCAAGGAAUCGACGUUGCACAAGUUUUACAUGAAUGAGCACGGCGACGACGACGAGUACAUUAGCGACUUUGUGGAUGAGGUCGUGCCGCGCGCCAAGCCGACGCCCAAAGCGGUCGCGCACACGAUUUCGACGGACGACGCGGCCCUCAACAACAAGAUUCUGCACCGCAUGCAGAGCAAGCUUAACUUUGUCCGAAACCCGCGCUUCGAUACCAACAAAGUGACGCUCGAGUCGGAGCCACCGUUUGUGGUGCAGCCCAACCCGGUUGAAUUUCUCGCCUACGAGAUUGGCGGCAUUUACGAGCAACUCGUGUUGAUCAAAAAUGUGAGUGCGAUCAGCAGUCGGUGUCGCGUGCUGCCGCCAGCGACGGCGUUCUUCAUGCUUGCCUCGGUGCAAUUCCCCGAUGAGACCGGACUGAUUGCGCCGGGGCUCAGCUGCCAAGUGCGCAUCCAGUUUGCACCGGAUACGCGCGCCGACUACAACGACGUGUUUGUUGUCAUGAUGGACACGCCGCAGGGCACGGAUAUUCCAUUGCAAGUGCCCAUUCUGGCGCACCGCGAGCCGCCGCAGCUUUCGAUUCCAUCGACGCUGCAAGCCCACUGCUGCUUGAUUGGAGACACGUGCGUCACAACGAUCUCGUGUCUCAACCAAGGCGGCCGUGGUCGGUUUUGGCUCAUGACCGAAGACGAGUGGGAGAAGGCGCUGUCGCACUCGUCGCUGAUCGACCACAUCAAUGCGCUCAUGCGCGAACCGCUGCCCGCGGUAGGAUUCGACUAA